CCGUAGGAGUAGAGAAGAUACCCUGUUAUCUAAGACCUAUUGUGUUAUCAUAUUCGAAAACGUCAAUUCAUUCUUUUUCUUAGUAAAGAACCUUUGCAUAUCUAUAUGUAAUGGUACGCUGAUUAACAUAAGCUUGUUUUCAGACAAGCUACUCAACCCGGCGAUAGAGCAACAAAUCUUCAUGUUGCAUCAAUCGUUAUGUAUGCAAGGACGGGACACAGUAUUCACUGCGUCUCGUCACUACAUCUCACCGUGCCUCGUGUUCACACGAGGUAUUCAAUGUAUUAUUUUAACAUAUAACUUAAUUUACGCUAACGUUCUAAGAGACACGAUUGUAUUUCAUCAUUUUCUCUAUGCCGAUAGAACCUAUGGAUUUGUAUUGCACUCCAUAGUAGACUGUAACGUCGAAGCGACUAAGGAUUUUAGCGUGACAGAAUUGCAAAAAUUGUACAUAACCCUUUUGCUAUUCGUAAGAGGUAAAUUAAACCAUAAUCUGUGCCAUAUGCGAAGGCGUCGUCCAUGUGCAAUACAGGGAAUCACACGUUUCCUUGUUCAUGAUGACAAACAGCCAGCAAACCUAUAGAUAUCGAUUAAAAGAAAAUAUAAUCAUGAAAUUCUGUUUCAAACUGCGAACUCAGCUGAUUCCAACCUUGUUAGUCCAUGGACGAGUUCGACAGAUUCGUAUCCAUGACGACAAUAUCGAUAGGUAAUUAUGCCAGUAAAGUGAUGAUAGGAUGUUCUGGUUGGUGACACCGUUAUUCGAAGUUAUGCGUUUUCUAAUCGUUGAACUAGUUUCAUUGAAAUAGCUGGCAAUAGAUUUACCAAAGUGCGUACUGCUAGAGACGCACGUUGAGCUUCAACGUGUUUCAAGAGCCAGCUUACAAGUAUUGAAGUACAGCCUGUGGAACCGUCGCGUCUUUGGGAUGGAACUCGCAGACUUCUGGAGCUUGCCUGAAAAUGACUGCCAAACAUGGUCAGACCGGCGUGAACCGAUCGGUCUGGACAACGUUCAGUUACUGUCAAUCGAUGUUACGGUUUAUAGGAGCGCAAUUACGAUUGUUGUUUAUAUAGAAACUGUAAUCUUUGACCAAACAGCUGACAGAUAGCGCAAUAUCAGUAUAGUGUGUCUUUUAACCCCUAAUUUCUAUGGCUUCUUUAAGCUUUAGGCUUUAAGUGAAAGGGUUGCAUGACUGACAAAUUGAUGGUGAUCAUCAUCGCCAACAUCACCUAUGAUUUUACGAACCUUUGUAUUACAUUAUGGAUUAGUAACCGUGAAUAGGGAAGCAGAAAUCUAGAACGAGAAAUCAAGACAGAGCUGUAAAUAGAUGGAAAAUAUUAGGAGGAUCACAAAGCACUGUGUUCAGAGGCCCCUAAUAUAGUCAGUUGAGUAUCUCGUCCGGAAGCACGUUUAGCGUUUCAGAUAGUUUUAUUGGCCCCUAACGAGAUGAACUCUUUCCAUAGCCCAGCCAAAUUUAAUCCAGUUGUAAAUCACCGAAACACAAUCGAGACGAGUACCUCACAAAUACGGCUCCCGGACCUCUCUGUCAACUGAAUUAUCUCUGACCUUACGUUUACUUCUGCGUUCACUACUGCUCACUGACGAUAGAGUCUCAGCAAAGAUGCCUGUCAGGCUAGCUCCCGGUAACUUAGUUCUAACAGUAAACUAACGUCAAUCGCAUUUUCCCGCCCAAUAGCACUGCUUUGCUCACGAAAAAUUUGCAAUUUAUCCGAACAGCGUCUAUAUAACGAGUCCAGUAAGUUCCUCUGUUGGAUGGCGCGACGUUGAAAGAAAGUAGCGCAAUUGACUGGCCUAUCCUCUUACCUACAAUGUGCUUUUGUCACUUGAUAGCUUCGUCUCUCGUUCGAGCAUGUUUUUAGAUACUUAUGUGCGUCGCCUAUCAAAAUAGGAACUUCUUGUUUCUGUUUUAGCCUUCCGAGGUACAUUUGCUAGAUUCAGGCACAAAUGCAACCGCAAUCCGUAUGUAUUGUAUUUAUGGUACAGGUGAAUGUGAAAUUUCGUCAUUUUAUGUUUGAAUUUAUUUAUUUUACGAACGCAUAUUAAAUUAUUGAGCCUCUUCGAUUUUUAAAGAGGACAUAAUAACUCGGCUAAUUUUUCAUCUUGAUUAUUAUCAUCCAUGGACAGCAGAUAGGACAUGUAAAAACGGGUGUAUUGUCUGUAAUUGAAAUAUGCUGUUAUUUUAAUGUUAUAACAGCAGGGUGUAUUGUGUAUACAACACAGGGCUGUAAUGUCGUGAAAGUAUCAUGUAUGCAUUUAAUAUAAUUCCAAGUUCGAUCCUUGGAGUGAGACUCAGUUCUUCGAGGUAAAGAAAAAAUCAGAUCACAGACAUGGUAUGAUAUAAUGAGACUGACAACGGCAAACUCAAUGGCUACCUUAAGAAAAAAUCUAAAUAACCUGACAAAUUGUACAGCUGUUACGGUCAAAAAUACUUAUUUAUAACGUUUAUAUACAUUACCGGUAUGUUGCUGAAGUCAUUUAGGUUCCAUUGUUGGGCCUUUAUCGUGAGUUCAGAAGCGUGCGACCUGCAUUGAUUAUGCGGCGGUCAUCACAGCCCGUCUUUCAAAUAAUUUAAACUUCCCUCCUUACUUAUAUAUCUGUCUCUGCUAGUGCGCAGUUAGUUGAUUUUUGUGAUACUACAACACAUUCUAGACCCAUUUGAUGGCUUGCUGACUCCUACUAUUCAAUGUUUGUGUGUGUCUCUGUGGGCUUGUCUGUGACCUGAAAUAUAAUUUUUCCCUUUAUUCUUUUGUUACUGCUCUGAUUCAGCACGCUCUCGCCUCGCAUCCAAUGAUGUCAUGCUCGUGUCCUUCUAAACUCCGUCAGUACACUAAAGCUAUCGGUCCCCCUCUCUCACGAGCCCUCUCAUCCCAACGAACCAGUCAGCCGACGUCGCUUAUUCGAUACAGCGGUAGAGCAAGCGUUGGCGGGUAUCCGUUGUACCCUUGAUGGUUCGCUUGUGGUUCGUUUGUGGUACCGUCUUGUCUGGCACUACUUUCGUUCUCUCCAGGCUUCAACCUGCGGGGUGAGAGAACAGCGGAAUCUUUUUGCGGCCGCUUUGGUAGCGACAUCGGCCCCCAACCAGCAACGACCGACAACGCGUUACUAUGGCCAUAAAUAACAUGUAGUGGUAGUCGCUUGGAUGAGAAAUGAAUGUCGCUUGAUUCACUAAGGCUUCCCUGUUUGCUGAACUGGCUUGUGUAUGCGUUGGUUACCGCCGCCAUCUUCGAAAGGAGAGGCACAGCUAACCUCUGUCUGAAUCUGCAGCCGUCGGUGCUGGAUAGCCAAGCAACCAUUGAGCUGUGCUUGCAUUCAUAGAUACCGUCGUUGUACAGCGGCCAUAUAUUUCAUUUAGUACUAAAAUAGUGAGUGACAGAAGAAGAAAACAAGUUUUGCCUAACAUUAGGAAUCAACACCGUACGAUCAAAUAGUCAGCUGGUAUCUUUACAAGCGACUCUGUUCAUUUCGUAUGGUACAUUUGUAUUAUUAUUGUAGGCCGUAUGAUACAGUGAAGCCUAUUGGAGAUCGAUUGAGAGAGGAACCCUUGUUUUCAUUAGCUACAGUCCGUCUUUUGGAUACCCUCGCGCUGUUUCAGCAGUUGAUAGUUCAACUUAGUGUGUCUCCUAUCCUAUGUUGUGCUGCGUAUCUCAUACAAGUCAGUCAAUCCCUUUAACGUAUUCGCAUUGAAUUCGCUGCUUGUAAGCAUUCACGUGCAAACCGAGCGUCAAUUACCUAUUUCAUUGUUGGUUACGGUACGUAGAUUGUCGUCAUCAGGGCUUCAUAUUGGCUCUUUCGCCAUUUGUUGUACGACUGUGUGGGUCGAUCGCUAUCCAUCUGAAAUAGACUGAAGUCUAUGAAAUAUUUCUCUUUUUUGAGCAGAUUGUAUUGUUUUAUUGCCGCCCUUUGAGUCGGCAUCUUUACAUCCAGCGCCUGUCAAACGAAGGAGGACACACAAGGUCAAGAGCUCAACUGCUGAUGUUAUAUUCGACCUGUAUCUUUAUAUGAGACAACUUGUGCGUCCGCUCUGUAGAGAUUUGCUAUUGAGGCCCAUUUUCCCUAUAGAAACGGUUCAACGAGCGAAAACUCUGGAGUGGAUCAACAAAUCGGACGUACAUGUAAAAGACUAUUGAUCGACAAAAUCAUUAGCGAGGAACGCUCCUUAAAAAUUCUUAAAUCGAGAAGACUAGAAUAUCCGUCGGUAGUCAUACUGCGCAAGCACUGACCAAUAAAAUAAUGGCUCCUGGAACAGUUGUCAAUCAGAGUCCAACUCGACCCCUUGACCUACCCACGACCACGAUAAAUCAGUCUCCAAAACAGGUCUCGCCUUCAAUGAUAGCAACCUCGUCGUCGCUGCCCAGUUUGGCCCCUAUGGCAGCAGUCGGUGCCCUAAACAAUACGACAGGACCUUCUAAGAAACAAACCAUGAAAUCCUCUACUUCGACGCGAUCGACGAUACGGCAACCACAGCCGUCUACAACUCUAGUGAAGGGCGGAGUCAGUAGCGGUCGAAAACCCAACUUUGAAUUGGAAAGCGAUCGGCUUAGGUCAUUUGGGUCGUGGCCGUCAACGGCUCCUAUUUCGAAAGAAAAAGUAGCCCGCGCGGGCUUCUACUACCUCGGCAAUGGACUCGAAACAGCUUGUCCAGUUUGUAAGCUUGAAGUGUCUGAUUGGGCCUUUAAUGACGUCGCGUUCACAAAACACCGCGACCGAAGUCCUCAAUGUCCGUUUGUUCUGAAACAAAGCUCGACGAUCGUGCCCCUUGACGAAAGGAUGAAACUGCCCGAGCAGCGUCUGUUGACAUUUGAGCGCUGGCCCAAACGGGACGUUGACCCACAGAGGCUGGUAAACGCCGGAUUCUAUUAUCUCAAUGAAGGCGACAAGGUCCGAUGUGCUUGGUGCAAGGGCGUUAUCGAACAGUGGCAAGCAACAGACGUGCCAUUCGAGGAGCAUGCUCGUAAUUUCUCUUGCUGUCCGUUUAUACUCAACCCGCCAGCGUACGCCUGUCGUGGUGAAGACGAGGUUGGGCAUCGCAACAUGUACUCGUUCUCGGGUGCACCUGCCAAUCAAAACUUGUGCAGUGACAUUGCCCUCCUGAAGGGCGUAAUUCGACACGUAGGGCCAAAACAACCGCAUAUGGUUUCACAAGGCAGUCGUAUGGCGACAUUUACUGAGAACAACUGGCCUCAAACAGUGAACGUUUCCCCCGAAGAUCUUGUUGAAGCCGGCUUCUUCUUCCUUGGCAUGCACGAUUACACGAAAUGCUUCCAUUGCGACGGCGGUCUGUGUAAUUGGGAGACAGGUGACGACCCCUGGGUAGAGCAUGCCCGCUGGUUCCCUGAAUGUCAAUUCGUUCAGCUAAGCAAGGGCGGAGCAUUCAUCGCUGAGUGCCAACAACGUCACGAAAAACUAGUUAAUGGCGCGGUAGCCCAGGCAGAACUUCAGGCUUUUAGUGAAGUAGAACCGGGAGGAACAGGCAGUGACUCAAAUCUUCCGCUUCAUUUGAGAACUGAGCUUGAAGAAAUAAUGCAGUCGCCCGUCGUCAAGUUCUACCUCGAGAAAGGUGUACCGAAACAAGUGAUUCGAAUGACCGUAAAAAAAUAUAUGCUUGACAACGAGCGCGGUUUCCGUGAUCUUGACGAAAUUACACACGUACUCGGACAGGUGCUCAGCUUCGGCAACAAGAAGACUGCGCCUGCCAAUGAAAAAGAGCAACGUAAUCCGGCCGAAAUUCCUGAGAACGUGCUAUGCCGUGUAUGUAUGGUUCAGGAACGGGGUGUGGUAUUUCUUCCAUGUGGUCAUCUGGCCACUUGCCCCUCGUGUGCAGCCAGUGUAACAGAAUGUGUGAUGUGCCGGACCCCAAUCGCGGGUACUUUGAGAACAUUUCUUUCGUAAUCUUCGCCUGCCUCGGACAGCUAUUUAAGAGCUGUUUUUCCACGAAAUAAAAACAUCAAUAUACCAGCACAGGUCUUUACUGGAAAUGGUUAUCCAACUGGAAGACUAUAUGCCUUUGUAGUAUAAUGUCCUACAGGAUGUCUACAGCGUCCUUGCAAGGACGAUGAACAACUAAGCCUGCUGCUGCCCACAUAGCGCCGUACAUCGCGAAUUCAGCAAUGCGUAGGCAAGUCGCUGUCACUACAGAGGACGGCCGGUAGCGGAAGAAAGCAAAAAGUGCCACCGUAAGAAAGCACUCUUAGUCGAACGAGUAUAUUGAAAUUCAAAUCGCUGUCUUCGCCACAGCAUAUAGCAACGAUUAACAGUGAAGUUCCUCAAAUGCAAUGCAGCGAACUUCACUACGAUAGUAACGAAACAACAUCGAUGGACUCUUGGUUCUGUAGUUUUAAAUAUUUUUGUGUUGUUUUGACGUUAUAAUAGAACAUAUUCAAACCUAUGUCGGUAUAAAUUGCAUGCUAAUUACGUUAACGCCUCAGUCGAAUUUGAAAGGUAGACCAAUAUGAAAUUCCCACCCAUGCUCGUCCCUUUGGUAGUACCACAAUCGUGGUACCAGGCUUGAUGCAUAGAAUUGAUAGCAGAUUACUGUAAUAAGAAUACAAUAUGAAUGAACAUUAUUAAUAUGCUGAAAACAUGAUAAAUAGAAUACUUCAUAAAGAAGAAGCAUUAUUACAUAGCUUUAUGAAAAAAAAACCAGUUUGCCCGGGUAAAUGCGCAAGACAAAAGCAACAGUAAUUUUCCGCGGCGUAUUUGUUGUAUAAUAGUUAAAUUUUUUUCAAGAUUAAGAUUUUUGGAUUGCCGAUCUCAUAUCUGUUAUGGUGAUCAUGAAGACUGUAAUGAAAAGUAUACAAAAUACAGGGAUAGAAGUAUAGGUAUAUCAUGCCAGGUUAUACGGGACAUGUACAAUGUACCCAACAAAGCACGUAUGCAUCAGCAUAUUAACAGCUUUUAUAGUUAAAGGCUAGAGGAAGUGCCCCGCAGGGCUCAGGACGAUAAUCCGUUUCGUGAAAUAAACGGUGUCGCAUCUUACCUGGACAUAUUUAGAUGUCAAAUUAAGUAGAUUGGUUUCAAAAGCAAUUGGCAAUCUGUAGGUGUUCAUCACUAUUAAAUAAGUGAUAACGACAAUACCAUUUAUAAGCAUGUCUAUACUCAAGACAAUAUUUUAAAUAUAUAUAAGUAAUGAGUGAAACAAAGGAAAGACUAGCCUCAAGAGAUUUAGUGGGCAUAUCUUUCAUAUUCAGACAAUAGACAUUAAGAUGAAGAAAGCACAACUUGCGGAACUAUGAGGUGUCCUUCGUUAAAAGACGUUAGAAGAAGGCUUUUUUUGUAAAUACAUGUAGCAGAUGUAAUUGCGCAAAAAAAUUAAAGCAAAAAAAAACAUAGGUUUAAAGGAAAAAACGAUGGUGUGCUUAUUUGCUUAGGUCCUAUUAUAAAAGCUAACCACUUAUCUAAAUUAUUCAUUAUGCCACUUAUAAUAUAAAUCAUUGGCCCUUACUCUUCCAGAUUUUGUUUUUUGUUUAUUAUUUCAUUUGAAUUUCAGUGUUAAUCGGUGAUAUUGUGCUAUCAUGUUUUAUAACAUACAAUUAAUUAAUCAAUACAGUUAAUCAAGCUAUAUUACACAACAUGUGUUAUUGAAUAAAGAAAGCUCAAGGUACAAC